GUUUACUCACAACCGACGUCGAUGAGUGCAAAGGGACUACCUCCGCCGUCUGCAUCUGAAGGACAAUCGUCAGCCGCUGGAGACGGCCCGAUCGGGGGAAUAAAGCAGGCUCAUGCCGACAUGGUUGCUUGGCUUUACAAGCCACAUGGUGGCGCAGUGGAUGAUCAGCUGAAAAAGAUUGAUGCAGCUAAUGUGAAACGAGAACAUAUUGCCUAUGGAGUCAUAGGAUUGGUGAGCUUGUAUCUACUUUUUGGAGAAGAAGCGAUGUUUGUAUCCAACUUGAUCACUUUCCUAUUCCCUGCAUCAUUCGCUGUUGGCAUCAUUCGUGGAAAGAAAGGAACAGAAGCUGUAAAUCAGUUAUUGUACUGGGUUCCAUUUGGCUUCUUUGCGCUGCUUGACUCCACAUCGUUCAGCUUGAUUCCUGCUUAUUAUCUCUUGAGGACUGCGUUCUUGAUUUUCCUAUUCCUUCCCCAGACUCAAGGAGCUCAACUGAUCUACAACAAAGUAAUUGAACCAAUAGCAAAGACAGUGGAAGGAUUUGGAGGAAAGAAGGCCUAAUCAUAGAUCAACUAAUAUUGUAAUAGAUCCAAAUGAACAUGGUCAUAGGCAGUAAAGGCUUGAGUGGUU